GCUUUCAAUUCAGACCUCUAUCAAUUCAGAUUCUUUAGAACUUUCUAUCGAUCGUGUAAACCCUUUGCAGGCUUCAUAAUCGUGACGAAUUGUAUACUAUGUAUGGCUUUCGUAAUAAGUAUAUAUAAUUAUUAUGGAGCGAAAAAUCGAAUUUGUGUAAAAUGUAACAAAUCGGUUUUUACUGAAGUGUUCCUGAAAGUCAAGGCAUGCUUAGUUAGUAACUUAAAUCUAAUGUAGAAUAUGUAUUAAUAUUUUUGUCAAGAUUAUCACCAUCGUAUUUGCAGAAGACACGGACAGCCAGUGUGGUGUAUUCAAGAGCUUCUUUAAAUAAAAUUCAAUUAAACAUCCCAUUUUGCAUCUCUGGCAUAGCAUAAAAAACAUCCUGGUGAUUGUGCCAAGUUGUAUAAUAUCAAAGCUUACUAUCUAUGUCGGGAAGUAACUAAAUGUCUAUGGGUAUGUAACCUAUCAUUUGGAAGAAGAAAUACUUUAGAAGAGAUUAUGGAUACUCACAGAAUAGAGAAACCUCAUGUUUAUGAGGAAGGUUAUCAAACAUUCAGACAAAAAGUUAAUUUAGAUACACAUAUGCUUAUCCACACAGGAGAGGACCCUCAGAUGUGUGAAAUGUUUAAGGAGUCCUUUACUGAAAAGGGUAGUUUAAACCUGCAUAUGCUCAUCCACACAGGAGGAAAACCUCAUGUGUGUGAAGUAUGUAAGAGAUCGUUUAAUCAAAAGGGCCAUUUAAACAAUCAUAUGCUUAUUCACACAGGAGAGAAACCUCACAUGUGUGAAGUAUGUAAGAAAUCAUUUAAUCAAAAGAGCCAUUUAAACAAGCAUAUGCUUAUUCACACAGGACAGAAACCUCAUGUGUGUGAAGUUUGCAACAAGUCAUUUAGUCAAAAGGAUAAUUUAAACAAGCAUAUGCUUAUUCACACAGGAGAGAAACCUCAUGUGUGUGAAGUUUGUGACAAGUCAUUUAGACAAAAGGAUAAUUUAAACAAGCAUAUGCUUAUUCACACAGGAGAGAAACCUCAUGUGUGUGAAGUUUGUAGCAAAUUAUUUAGACAAAAGGAUAAUUUAAACAAGCAUAUGCUUAUUCACACGGGAGAAAAACCUCAUGUGUGUGAAGUAUGUAAGAAGUCAUUUAGUAAAAAGUAUCAUUUAAACAACCAUAUGCUUAUUCACACAGGAGAGAAACCUCAUGUGUGUCAUGUGUGUAAGACAUCAUUUAGUCAUAAGAAUAGUUUAGACAAACAUAUUCUUAUUCACGCAGGACACAAACGUCAUAUUUGUGAAAUAUGUCAAAAGUCAUUUACGCAAAAGAGUAGUUUAAACAAGCAUAUGCUUAUUCAUGCAGGAGAGAAGCCUCAUAUGUGUGAUGUAUGUACAAAGUCAUUUAGUGAUAAGAGUAGUUUAAACCUGCAUAUACUUAUCCACACAGGAGAAAAACCUCAUGUGUGUGAAGUAUGUAAGAAGUCAUUUAAUCAAAAGUGUCAUUUAAACAACCAUAUGCUUGUUCACACUGGGGAGAAGCCUUAUAUGUGUGAAAUAUGUAAGAAAUCAUUUAAUCAGAAGGGUCAUUUAAACAGGCAUAUGCUUGUUCACACAGGAGAGAAAUCUCGUACGUGUGAAAUAUGUAAGAAGAAAUUUAAUCAAAAGAGUCAUUUAAACAGGUAUAUGUUUAUUCACACAGUAGAGGAACCUUACUGUGAAUCAUGUACGAAGGCAUUUAGUCAAAAAUAUAAUUAAAAUAAGCAGAUAUAUGUUAACACAGCAGAGAAACCUUAUACUAAGGGGUGCUUAAAAUAUGCAUAUCCAUUUAGGAGAUAAAAUCUUACGAGUUAUAUAACCAAUCAGAUGGACAGACAAAGAAUGUUAAGAAACAAAUGUUUAUCUAUACUUCUUGAAGAGAAACUUCUUGUCAUUUAAGCUGUAACAAGAUUAAUUUACCAAUGCAGUAAAAACUUUCCCAUGCUGCACAGAAACCUUAUUGUGCGAUACCAAGGCUGGUUUAGUCACACUGGAUGAUAGAAUUGAGGAGCAGCAAGAUUCUUAGAGGUUAGAGAGGCAAUCAGUGGCAAAAUUAAGAUUAGCAGAGAUAAAGGAUUAGCAGAGAUUGUGACCAGUGGCAUACAGCCUUCUACUGAUCCUGUAUGAGUUGUCAAGUAGCACCAUUGUGAUUAUUAUAAAGGAGUGUUAUGAAAAUCACUAAUCACAAGAACAGAAUGAUUGCAAUACUUAUGUAACAUGAAACGUUUGAAGAUUAAUUUUGAAAGAUCCUGUUGCAAAUUUGUUCGACUGUACUUCUUAGCUAAGUCACCCUUGCAUGCAAAUGAUUUACUGCAUAUAACAUAUUCAUGUAGUUUCUCAUUAGAGUAAAUAAGCAAGUGACAUUUGGUAACAUUAAAUUAAGGUGACCAGAUGUCCUGCUUCUGGCGGGACAGUCCCGAUUUUUUGGAAAAAUGCACAACAAGCUAGGGAAUAUAUUAAAACAAGAACUUAAUUAGAAUGUGCAAAAAUCAUUCGAUCAUAUUACUCAAAAUUUCCCAUAUAGUACUAUUUCUGAAAAUGAUCUUUUUAAUUAGACAUCAUUAUUAAAAAUAUAUUGAUAAAGAAAAGGUUAAAUCUUGGUUAUCAGCGUUCACAAUAGAAAACAAAUGGUUAGAAAUAUUUCAUCAUGUUGAAACAAACCAUGUUCCAUACAGAAAUGCACUAAAAAACUGUGGAAUACCCCAGGGAACUAUGCUAG